GUGAGAAGAGAAAUCAUGACCGUAUAUAAUCAAAGUGGUGGAGGUGGUGUGUCGGAGACCCGCGGAGACUCGGAGACCCCGGCGAAGUUGCUGUUUGGGAUUGGAACGGAUAACCUGGUGACGCUGCUGGUCUUCGGGCUGAUCUUCGCGCUCGGCGUGGUGGGAAAUUCCCUGGUGAUCGCCGUGCUGGUGCGGCGCCGAGCGGCUCAACGCCGCGGCACCACUAACAUCUUCAUCCUGAACCUGGGCGUGGCUGACCUCUCCUACCUGCUCUUCUGCGUGCCCUUCCAGUCCACUGUCUACAUGCUACCCACGUGGGUGCUCGGCGCCUUCAUCUGCAAGUUCGUGCACUACUUCUUCACGGUGUCCAUGCUCGUGAGCGUGUUCACGCUCUCCGCGAUGUCCGUGGACCGCUACGUGGCCAUCGUGCACAGCCGGAAAUCCUCGUCUAUCCGCGUGGCGCGGCACGCGGUGCUCGGGGUGCUGGGCAUCUGGGCGCUCUCACUGGCCAUGGCCGCGCCGGUCGCUUACCAUCAGCGCAUCGUGGAGACCGAGGAUAACAGCACAUUCUGCUGGGAAGUGUGGUCAGAUCCCAAAUGGAGGAAAUUCUACGUGGUGUGCACGUUUGUCUUUGGCUACCUGUUGCCCCUCAUCCUGAUUUCUUUCUGCUACGCAAAGGUACUCAAUCAUUUACACAAAAAUCUGCGAAAUAUAUCUAAGAAGUCAGAGGCAUCAAAAAAGAAGACAGCACAGACCGUUCUAGUGGUGGUGGUGGUUUUCUGCUUAUCCUGGCUGCCCCAUCACGUGGUGCAUCUCUGGGUGGAGUUUGGUUCGUUCCCUCUGAAUCAGGCGUCCUUCCUUUUCCGUGUGGCUGCUCACUGUUUGGCUUACAGCAACUCCUCGGUCAAUCCCAUCAUCUAUGCCUUUCUUUCUGAGAACUUCAGGCAAGCCUACAAGCAGGUGUUCCAAUGUCAGGUGGCCAGUGAAUGCCCAACACAUGAUGCUCGAGAAACACGGACCAAGUUGGAGAAAGUUCCACCCACUAACUGCACAAUGGUUUAA